UGUCACCAGUGUAGAUUUUGUUUUGUCUCUUAAAUGAGUCCAGGAUGCAGUGAGAACAAAAGUUCUGCCUGCUAAACUUUAGUUAAAUAAAAAAAAAUAAAAAAAUAAAACAGAACUUGCACCCCCCCUGGAAAGUCUCCACGCCCCACCAGGGGGGCCCCGCCCCACAGUUUGAAAAAGGCUGGAGUACAGUAUGUGAAGACUUCAGUGCUACAACCAAGUGAAACUGCCUUCAGUUCAACUUCUUCUUGGAUAACCAUCACUCUGCACAGACAGUUCCUCACUGUGAAAAUGCAUUGCUAUAAAUACACCACCUUUCAUAACUCCAUACGUUCUACACAAACCUGAACGGGCAAAGGUUUAACCGCCAGGAGAGUCAAUUACUAUUUCCCCUGCACCUCAUUCUCUAUUUAUCUACUGAUACUAAUCCUGCAAGUGACGCUAAAGACAAACGCUCACUCACUGCAAUUUACCUCAACAUUGAAAGAUGAAAAAGAAAAUCACAGCGAUCCUCAUCCUCUGUCUGUCACCAAGCAAAAAGCAGUCAGUGGGUCAGUGUUAGGAAACAUGGAACGCUACUAAGCAGGAUAUCAUUUUGAGCUGAGCAAAGCCACUUCCAGGCUAUUACUACAUGCAUCUGUCCACAUAUUUAUGGUUUAUUUAAGGCCAUCUUAUUCAAUAUUACUUGAAAAUAAAAGAGCAGUUCACAACCUUUCCUGGAUAACUGCAAAUAUCUAGUGGCUUAGUUGUAAAUGGCAACUCCAUUUAUUUUAAAUAAUUUCAUAUUAUCAUAUUAUAUAUCAUAAUUAGGCUGCUAUACACAGAACAUGAAUGGUAUUAAUGUGGUGUAUUUUAUAUUGCAGCAUUUUGUGCUAAUCAUAUAACAUAAUUAACAUAAAGAAAAAUGUUGGCUCACUGUUUGCUCAGAGGGAGCUUGACCUUUAAGUGCUUUCUGAAAGUCGAUUAUAAAUCACACCUGAGCUGCCCACUUCCUCACAAUCCCUCUGUAAUCUAAUUUUGCCAAUUUGAGGAUAACCCUCGCGGGAGGUAUAAAACAACACCCAGGAAUGGACAAAGCUGCCUGUGUGUGGUGGAUUUAACACGACUGGCGACUGCUAGGUUACCUUAUAUUUUGUUGACGCUAUCCAUCGACUGAAGCUCCACAAAGGCAACUGAAGAUGGGUUGGGACGGAGGAUACGAGGCCAAUGGCACCGAGGGCAAGAACUUCUACAUCCCCAUGUCCAACAAGAGUGGGAUUGUUAGAAGUCCUUUUGAAUAUACUCAGUAUUAUCUAGCAGACCCCAUCAUGUACAAAUUACUAGCGUGCUACAUGUUUUUCCUGAUCUGCACUGGAACCCCCAUCAACGGUCUGACAUUGCUGGUAACGGCUCAGAACAAGAAACUCCGCCAACCUCUCAACUACAUCCUGGUCAACCUGGCUGUGGCUGGACUCAUCAUGUGCUGCUUCGGAUUCACCAUCACCAUCACCUCUGCUGUAAAUGGCUACUUUGUUCUCGGAGCCACUGCCUGCGCUGUUGAGGGAUUCAUGGCCACACUCGGAGGUGAAGUUGCUCUCUGGUCUCUGGUCGUCCUGGCUGUGGAGAGAUACAUUGUCGUCUGCAAACCUAUGGGAAGCUUCAGGUUCACUGGUGCUCACGCAGCAGCUGGAGUCGUUUUCACCUGGAUCAUGGCUUUCUCAUGCGCCGCUCCUCCACUCUUUGGCUGGUCCAGAUACCUCCCCGAGGGCAUGCAGUGCUCCUGUGGACCUGACUACUACACUCUGGCUCCAGGCUACAACAACGAGUCAUAUGUCAUCUACAUGUUUGUUGUCCACUUCUUCAUUCCCGUCUUCCUCAUUUUCUUCACCUAUGGAAGCCUUGUGUUGACCGUCAAAGCUGCAGCCGCUCAGCAGCAGGAGUCAGCAUCCACUCAGAAGGCUGAGAAGGAAGUGACACGCAUGUGCGUCCUGAUGGUCAUUGGCUUCCUGGUCGCUUGGACACCAUAUGCCACGUUCGCCGGCUGGAUCUUCUUGAACAAGGGAGCAUCCUUCUCUGCGAUGACAGCGGCCAUCCCUGCCUUCUUUGCAAAGAGCUCAGCUCUGUACAACCCUGUGAUCUAUGUGCUGUUCAACAAACAGUUCCGUAACUGCAUGCUGGGCGCUAUUGGAAUGGGCGGCAUGGUGGAGGAUGAGACCUCUGUUUCUACCAGCAAGACAGAGGUGUCCUCUGUGUCUUAAUCGUGACGACUUCCACACAUCUUUGGACAUUUUACCUCACUGUCUGCAUCCGGAUUUGAAAAAACAUCCCAUUCAAAAGAAUCUCGAACUUUUGCCAAAUGGAUUUUUGGAUUUGGUGAGCAGACUGUGGACGGAAUACUCCAAGGAACGCCACCUCAUCUGCGAACAUGUAUAAACUGUCAAAGUCCAUUUUCUGUAAAAGAUUAUCUUGUACAGAUUUUGUGUGUGUGUGUGUGUGAGAGAGAGUGAGUGAGUGAGUGUGAGGUUGAGUAAAUUCAUUUUCACCGGACAACAUGAGAUGGUGCUCAAAACACCUCGAACUGUAAACCUGCUGAGAUGUGAUAACACUGUCUGCUGUCAUGGAAGUGUGUUCACACAUGAUGUGUUUUCAGUAUGUUUUACUGGACUUACCAGAGAUUAUUUUUAUGUAUUUUAUGAGUAGAUAAUAAAUGCAUGCAUCAAAAGAA